GUGCAGGGGGCCGAGCUACAGAGUGCUCCAUCGCCAGCGUCGUGUGUACAACCACUACGCAGUGACAGCUUUUUUUGUGUGUGUGUGCUUGUUUCGUCCAGUGCUGUGUUGCCCCACUUAACGACCGCUGAGUCGUCGACGUGUUUUCCGUGUUGAUCCCCGAAGAAGUGCGGUUUGCGUCACGAAUACUUGUCGAUCCUUUGACGCUUGUGUGGGUGGGUGCGUGUAGCGUGAGCAGGAGUUGGAACCGUGAGUACGCAGCGAGGAUCUAUUUUAAUUUGCGCUCGUGGUGUUUUCGUUUGCGUGCGUGAGAUUACAAAAAGGUCCUUGACUCGAGAUUAAAACAAACAAAAAAUCGGCGAUUGGUAUUGCGCGAUUAUCUGGCUUCGCUCGGUUCUCUCCGAUUUGAGGUUCUGGUCGAUCAAGUUUUGUUGCAAUUGCUUUCUUUUGACCUUUGCGCGUAUCUUAUCUUGUCAACGAUAUCUCGCCUGCUCUUCCCUUUGGCUCCUGACAUUGCGUUCAGUCUUGUGCAGUUUCGCCGGAGACGGGUUGGAAUUUUAUCUCGGAUGAAGCUACCGUUCGCGCGUGCGUCAAGCGGUGUCCGGCGUCGUUUAUUUCACACGUCUGACUGAGAUUGAAUCGCUGCAAGCGUCUCCAUUUUGUCGGAUAAAAUUUAUAACACUUAAAACGAUUGGCAUUUUGGGUGUGAUACUUGAAACCUUCCAUACUAUAGGCCACAUAGGACUACUUAGAGCAACGCGCUGUUGGGUUCCAAUUAUGAAUGAUGUAGGCUGUGGGACAAUAACAUGAGUAUCGGUAUAAUACCGCAGUUGUUGUAAGGACACAGCUCCAUUAGUUUGGCGUGGUAGUGUUGGAUACCGCAUUAUAGUAUCAUGGAUAACGACGUAGUUGCUCUGAGGGCGGCACAACUGUUUUUGAUCCUUGGGCGCAAUUAAGAUUAGCUGCGCUUCUACCUUUUAAUAAAAAUAACGCAGUGGGUAAGCGCUUCCAUUGGUUAGCUUGAUAGAGUACGGUCCCAUAGAAACAGUUCGUAGGCGACUUUUUUGUCCAGUCACUGCUUAGCCUAAGCGCAACGACGUCACUGUUCCCAUCUACGGUUGGCAGAACACUUGUAACGCUGACACUGUACUCUUCCUUACUUGGUGCUUGCUUGCCUACCAUCGCAGGGUAUCGCGAUCCAAUCGCUGCCGUCACAAUUGCGUUAACCAAAAUCGAUACUGAGCCUAGUCAGUGUGGUGCUUCUCAAGAAGACGCGGUCUCGGUAGAGUGGGAUGCGUAAUGGAGGUCUGCUAAACAAGGUUUGGGUAUGACGUAGGUUGAGCACUAACGCUCGAAAACAAGUUCAGAGUACGCAGCUUGAGCACUCGAACUCGCUGGAGCAAAAGAACAGAAACCGCGAGACCUGCCCUACGCAGACGCAACAGGGGAGCCGUACCCACAUCUGUGAGGCUAACCUUUCGUCCUAAACCUUCCGUUUUCUUUUAUCUUAUUACAAAAUCGACAACAGCAACGGAGCACCUAGAAACACGGCAUUGACGGCACGACAGUGAAGGGCCGUACCAAAGCUCGGCUAACAACCGUAUCGGCUAGGCGAGCAUCUCCCCGACGGCGAUAUUGGGGGAAAUAAUACCGUAUACAGAUCGAACACGUGCUGGUAGAAAGUUGCAUCUUGUUCGUGGGGAUUCCCCGGGGGGGAAGAACAAAGCAGCUCCGAAACACAGUCCUGGCACGCUUGCUUGUGGCAUUUGCCUCAAUCGCCCAGCGGCAAGGCCCUUCCAUUGUUAGUGUGCGCAAUAGGGCUUUCUCUCUCCCCCAUUCCCGCUCGCGACAGGUGGGUGAGAGAUAGAUGCCAGCUGCGUUUUUCCUCGCCAUUAUAGACACUGCUUCGUGCUGCGGCCGACGGCAGAGUUAAGACAGGUCCGACCUGGUCGAUCGUCCGUGAGUUUGUUUGCCCGCGCAUCCUCAAAAUCGGUUCGCUUUCAACUCGGCUCGUGGGCACGCCGGUCUGAGCCCUCUUAAAAGGGGUCAGACAGCGAAACUCGAUAGAGUGCAGCUUGGUGUUGGGUGUAUCUUUGGCACGGCCCUGGUGCUCUACGAAGUCCAUUUGUCGUUUCUGUGCAAACUGUGCUUCGAGUCUGUUUCGUAGUGCGUGUGUGCUUCGUUGGGAGGACUUACCAGGAGGAGUUUGCGUCUUGACGUUACUGUCUACGUCUAGAGGCAUCUAGUGGACGAAGGUUUGCUUGUAUGUGCUCCGCGCGUCUCGUAGCCUUGGGACCCUUCGUAGUCCUCCUUUUGGGAGGUCUUUCGAAUGCCCAACGAGGAUACUGGCCGAAGAAGGUCACAUAUUCUGUGUUUCGAUGGUCUUGAUUCAAAAGUUCGCCGAUGGUCCGUUUGUGAUUUUGACGGUGGCCACAACAACUUUCAGGUUUUCUCGUUGAAGAUGGUUCUCGUAUCUAGUCUACUGUGUGGUUGUUAUGUAAUCUCGUUAGAACGCGUGUAAAAAAAAAGGAGAGACAGUGUGAGUGAAAUGCAAGUUUCCUCCUAACUUACUUUUACCGGAACUAGCUUACAGAAAGAGUAGCUCGACUGCUGUCGUACACUGAAGCUCAGUUCCAUACAACUUAAGCUGCGCUGGUGGAACGUUUCGAGUGAUAAUAAGGACUGCCCUUCGUCACUUCCGUCAUGUAGUAAAGGCGAUAUCCACACGUAGGAUCGAUGAGGGCGUGUCCCUUCCGCUACGACUCUUAGAACGCCCCUAUCUCAAUUCAAUACCGUCGAUCGUGGUCGUAACUCUGUCCUCGAAAUAACCUCUUUCGCGCUGGCAGUUGGAGCUGUCCGGUGAAGAGAAAAAAGAGGCGUCCAGGCUCAAGGAGUUCGACCAUCCUGCUUGAGCAGCAGUGGCGAGUAGAGGCCGCGAGAGAAUUGGCCCAAGUUGGAACCGUUUGAGUCACGCCCGACCGCUCUUAAGAGGCAUGCCCCCCACCACCCCGUGCCAGCAAGGCGUAAAAUCGAGCUGAGGGCACCGCAGUAGCGGCCUGAUUUACCGACACCGUAAAUUGCAUCGGGCUUUCCAAGUAAAAACCAGCAGAACAUCAACAACUCGUACUACUGUAGGUUUGUUUUUGUUGUUAUACUCCUUGUGUCGAUUUUUUUGUACGUUCCUGGACUGCUCGUUUGUGCGGGCUGUAGAUUGCGUAGCGCUCUUUCUCUUUCCGCAAUUUUUAUCGGUCCUUUUUUUUUUUUCUCUCUUUACGUCGCUGAUACACGCUGGCUGCCUGCCACGGCGCGUUCCAUACACGUCUGCUCCGACGUCCUCGUUCUACGGUAUAGUCUCGAUUGUCUUCAGAUCCCUGGGGGCCGUUUCUCUCGUCGAAGACAAGUACCCGCAGGGUUCGAGACCCCGAACCAAGGACGUCCAUCUUCUCGAGUGAUUCCUUUUUCGCUUCGUCAUCCGCAGUGACAGAUCGACAGCCGAACAAGAGCGAAACGCGGCGACAAGUGCGUGACCCGUUGAGCGACGCUUCUGCGGUGGACACGUACUACCAGAGAGUCAUCGAGGACUUGCGAAAGCAUCCAGGAGCGCGUUGUUUCGUCCACGUCGACCUGUUGGAGACCCAGUGCCGAUCCGUCUGGCGGCAUGUGUGCAGCACCCGCACGUCUUCUAGCGCCGACCUUUAGAAGCUCCGCCGCUGACGUCUUAGGCGCGCAAGACGGCGGUCAGUCCCUCGUCACUGCUGACUCCUGUGCGGCCCUUGACGCCGUUCGGAUCGCGGACCACUGCUGCCGCUGCAGUUUUCUUCUUCCGUGAGUGCUUGGAGGAUACCGCCGGGCGGCAUGUUGAAGCCGCCGGAAGUGAGGCUCGAGCUCGAACCGGAAGUGUGUGUUACGGGACCGGAAGUGUGCGUUCCGGAAGCCGAGAAGCCGCAGCGAAGGGCCGGCCCGACGCCGCUGUUCCUGUGCGUGCCGGGACAAGCGUCGGCGCCGCGCCGGAGACACUCUUGGAUAUGCGGUUUCGACCUGGAAGAUGGGCCUGGAGGCGGUCCCGGGGGCCGAGCCCUCCUCGAGGCUUCCAGCCCUUCCUCUUCGGGACUGGUGCUGUCCAACUUCCCACCGCAGCGCAGGGAGUCCUUCCUCUACCGAUCGGACUCCGAGUUCGAGAUGUCGCCAAAGUCCGUCUCCCGACACUCGUCCAUCGGCAGCGAAGCGCACGGCGAAGACCAGAUCGUCACUCCGUUUGCUCAAAUCUUGGCCUCCCUGCGCAGCGUGCUCAACAACAUCAAGCAUCUCACCAAAGACGUACCUCCCACAAUGAAGCAGCCAUCUGGUUCGCCUGGCAGCAUCAUCGCCAGUACCCAGUCCCUAUCGGAGGAAGAGUACAGUCAACUGGCAUCUUCGACAGUCAAGGAGUUGGAAUGGUGCCUGGAACAGUUGGAAACAAUACAGUCCCAUCGAUCUGUUGGUGACAUGGCCUCUAGCAAAUUCAAGAGGAUGCUGAACAAAGAACUGAGCCACUUCUCCGAAUCCAAGUCCGGGAGCCAGAUAUCGGAGUACAUCUGCAAUACUUUCCUGGACAAGGUGCAAGACGUGGACGUCCAGGUGAUGCGGCCUGAGGAAGGCAGCAUCCCUCCGACGGGCGCCCAGGUGCCAGGGGGCACUCCGGGCGUCGUGGCAGCCCCCGGGGGCAAGCUGCGGCAGCAUCGCCCCUCGGACGCCAUGUCCCAGAUCACGGGCAUCCGGCGGUCGCUCUGCCACACCAACAGCCUGACGACCCUGCCCAAGUAUGGCGUGGAGACCGCCCGGGAGCAGGAGCUCGGCCUCGUGCUCCAAGACUUGGACCGCUGGGGCUGCAACAUCUUCAAGGUGGCCGAGUACUCCAACGGCAAGCCCCUCACGGCAGUCAUGUACACCAUCUUCAAGGACCGAGAUCUGCUCAAGACGUUUGACAUCUCGUCCAAGAAGCUGUUGACAUUCCUGCUGACCCUGGAAGACCACUACCUCAAGGUGCCCUACCACAACAGCAGCCACGCAGCGGACGUCGCCCAGUCCAUACACGUCCUGCUACUGUCUCCAGCGCUAGACACGGUGUUCACAGACCUCGAAAUCCUGGCAGCCUUGUUUGCGGGCGCAAUCCACGACGUUGAUCAUCCGGGCGUCACCAAUCAGUACCUCAUCAACACAAGCUCCGAGCUGGCGAUCAUGUACAACGACGAGUCGGUGCUGGAGAACCACUCGCUGGCGGUGUCCUUCAAGCUGCUCCAGGACGAGAGCUGCAACAUCUUCGAGAGCCUGAACAAGAAGCAGCGGCUCACCCUGCGCAAGAUGGUCAUCGACAUGGUGCUGGCCACCGACAUGUCCAAGCACAUGAGCCUGCUGGCCGACCUCAAGACCAUGGUGGAGACCAAGAAGGUGGCCGGCUCCGGGGUGCUUUUACUAGACAACUACACCGAGAGGAUACAGGUGCUCCAAAACAUGAUCCACUGCGCCGACCUGAGCAACCCCACCAAGCCUUUGGACCUGUAUCGGAACUGGGUGGACCUGGUCAUGUCGGAGUUCUUCAUGCAAGGCGACAAGGAGAGGCAGGAGAACCUCGACAUCAGCCCCAUGUGCGACCGCCACACGGCCACCAUCGAGAAGACUCAGGUGGGCUUCAUCGACUACAUUGCACAUCCACUCUGGGAAACCUGGGCGGAUCUGGUUCAUCCGGACGCCCAAGAAAUCCUGGACCGGCUCGAGGAGAACCGCGAUUGGUACCAGAACAUGAUCCCGAUCAGCCCCACGUCGAGCGUGCCAGACAUCGCUCCGGACUCGGCCGACGCAGACAACGAUGACGGCAAGGGCUCGGGUGACAAGAUCAAGUUCCAGAUCACGAUAGAGGAGCCCGAAGACGACGACAACUGCAUCCGCGAAGAGAGCCCAACGUCGUCCGACGGCUAGCAGACGCUGUCGUCCCCGAGGAUCCAAAGUCCGUCGGAGACUGAUCGCGGUCGUCGGAAGGCCAGCAACGGCACGACUCACGCCCCUCCGCUGCCGUCGGCGGAAGCGGUCCGCAAGGUGCCCAAGCGCUUCUUCAGCCGUCCCGAGACCUGCCGCUGCUGGCACGGGAUCCUUAACUUAUUUGGCCGUUGGUGCAGCGCAUGCGGGCAGAGGAAGCGUGCCCGCGAGGUUUCGUCGCGCCACGGCGACGACGCUUCUUCGUUGCUUAAGUGCGGUCUAGAUGCUUAACAAAGGAGAUUCUCACUAGCAAUCGUGUCGAGGAAGUGUCCGGUUUUGGCCAUCGGACCCAAAGACGGUUUCGGAGAGACCCUCUGCCGUUUCGAUGAGCCUCUCGGCCAUUUCGAGACUCUUGGCCAUUUCGCCGCUCUCUGCAUCCUUUUUUGAGGCACUCCGGCAGCGUUCCUGCUUCGAAGGGCUCAAGGUAGGCCUGCCGUAGCCUUUCGACGGUCUCCGGAAAGUGUCUGCAAAGUCCGAGGACAUUCUUCGGCGGUUUCAAGGAGUGCUCGAGAGGAUGUUUAGAGGUCUUCGAUGACAAAUCGCUGCAAACUCCUGCGUGGCAGAGAAGACUCAGUCCACCCUGCAGCUCUCUCACUCUCUUUCUUCGUUGUAAAAAACCAGACUUCAGUGCUAGCAUAUCCCCCCUCCCUACCCCACAAAAAACAAACUAGAUCUCAACCACAUCUGGGGGUGUGUUUCGUGAAAAAAAACUCUGCCUAGCGGCCAUCUCGUUCUGGCUUCCUCCACGGGGUCUGGAUCCUGUGUUGUGCGGGUCAAAGAAACAGCAUUGCAUCUAGUCAAUAACAACAGCAACAACCAACUUCAGCUGCAGUGUCGGAACCUUUCGUCUCUCUGUCGCCGAAGCCGCAAACUCCCGCGGCAGCACCGGAGGCGUGCAAAGGUGGCGGCCCAUACUUAACACUCAGGGCCGCCACCUUGUGGCUGCUGGACUCGUCUGCGAAAGUUUGAACAAUGGGGUUCAUGCAAUCCGAGUGGCAGCGACGCGCCGUCUUCUUCGUGCAGCCGUGUCUCGAAAUGGGACGAGGACUCCCGGACUCUGAGAGAGGUGUGAAGAAAAGCAUGAUGGUUGUGGCUUGUGUAGGAAUAGUAGCAGCUAACCCAACAAACGGCGAGCAAAGAACUGUCUUCGUGGGGUGCCCCCGCUGCCCGGCAGUCGACGUUCUGUUUGCUUCUUGGCGUGAGGAGUGGCUUCGCCUGCCUGCACCCUUGACUCGGUUUAUCAAUAGUUGCGUCCCGUGUUGUUGAUCUCUUUUUAGAGUGCACGACGGAAAGAGGGCGCCGGUUCACGUGAAAUUGAGAUUGGCGUCGUUUCUCUCUCUCUCUCCGACUCAUGUUUUGUUUGCUUUCGCUCAUCAGGCGUCGGGUAGUCUGUGCGGUCCUACCAAAUUGACCCUGUGGUUUUUUUUUUUCUUUUCUUUUUGUUGCCACCUGUCGCAUUGCAUAAAGCUGUGAUGCACCUAAGCCCUUUACUCCUUAUAAGUGUUCCUUGUACAAACGAGUUUUUUUUAGGACUAGUAAAAACACAGCAUUGAUCGGAGGAGAGUCGUCUGCUAGGGCUGAGCGUGCAUUUUUUUUUAAAUGUUUUUCAAUAAUGAGUUGACAGUAUGUGUGUGUCUCACUGAGAAGGAAUUGGAACAAUGCAGUCUGAAAGUAUGUACAUUCAUUCAUUUUCUCUAAGGAGUUUGUGAAUGGAAUGAGAUAUUUGUUAAACUAGCCAAACAGUUUAGACAGUCUUACCGGAUGACUUUAAAGCUCCUCAGGAAAUGAUGCACAUGCAUUUUUUUUUUUAUAAGCACUGUUUAGAAAUUGAGCCAUUUCGUAGCAUUUCCAUUCCCUUCUCUAUCCAAUAUCAUUCGUAUCUGUGUUGAGAAGUUUGCCAAAUUCAGCUAACAGACAACGCCUUUCCUAGGACAAGCAUAAAAAAACACUUUCAGUUGUCGAAGAUAGGAGUCGACAACGUUUAGUCACGACGUACACAACUUGUCCAUCUCGCAAUCUAGAAACUCAGAAAAAAGUAACUGAAGGUUUUUUUUGUUGUUGUUUUUCUUUUGUUGUUGAUUUUUUUUUUUGUGUGAGGCAUCAGUUGUACACAUUUGCGAAGAGAAUCGAGCUGCUUUAAACUCACUUUCGCACCUUGCAGGCACGUGUUUAGGGCUAACCAGCUCUCAGGGUUCGAAAUGCCAAAGGUCCACACCAUGGUUUAGUCCGCUAUCGCCUCUUGAACUGCACAAAUGGAAUCCAUCCUCUCAAUCCUUUCGCGGGCAAGACUUUCCGUCGUCGUUUUCAGAAAUCAUCGGCCCUUCGCUUCUUUUUUUUUAGAGACUGCCGCGAUGUGCUGUAGAUAGCUGUGUGUUUGCGUGUGUGUGUGUGUGCGCGCGCUUCCUCGAGGUUUCGUCUUGAAAACCAGGAAUGGUUGACUCGAAGAAAAGAGGCGGGGGCCCUAACUUAAGUAACUCUCUUCAUACCCUUGUCCCGCAAAGUCAAAGUCACGCCGACGACCGUGCUUCUUUUCUUCUCUUUUGUUUUUCUUCCAACCAUUCGUCGUUUUGCCACAUUCUGUUUUCUUAGGACCCACAUACUUAGUUCUGUCACGGCGAGGUUGGAUUUGAAGAGAGACCAACGGAAGACACAGUCUUUGUUCGAAGGGUUCUCACUCACCGUGUAAAUAUCUUAAGACUACACAAGUGGUGAAGGUCUCGUACGAAACCGAAUCAACGUUCCCACGUGUAAAGAAGAAAAAAAACGACACAGUGACACCACUCUCUUAUUGUGCACUACUACGAAGAAUGGCAACAUAGAGAUGGGGAAGCGAAUGUGAACUCGCGUUUCCUCCUGCUGUGUUUUGUGUUGAAACAAAUGUUCUUCUUUUUGGCCCUCCAAGAAUGGAAGCUGACCGUACAGGCGCACGACACAUCUUUUUUUUUUUUUUUUUUUUUAAGAGUGUACAGGCAAAAGAAGCGUGUUAACUAUAGCCCCCUGCACAGAGGGCACUGACUGGUCGCUGGUUUUCACGGUUUCUCUCUGUGUCUGUCUGUUUUUAUAGAAGGGAAUGAGAGAGCUCUGUAUAUUACCUCGGACUGCACUGUUGUUUGCCUGAAAUAUAUUCGUUACAGACCCCCUGA